AGUUUUAUGCGGCAUUGCCAAGACUGAGAUAGAAUAAUUGUAAAACUAACCUUGUUUUUAUAAUACACAUACUUGAUUCAAUUAUCAAAAUUCCAAUGUACUUAUAUAGAAUACUUCAUUUCAUAUGUUUCAAAUUGACACAAUUUUUUAUUAUAUAUAAAUUUCCACUACUGCCAAUCCGCAAUGUCCAUUUCUGUAUUGAUUCUAUUUUAUCGGGAAGUUUGGCAACGUAUUAAAACGUACCACAAAGCAAAAGAAAAUGUCGGACACGUUUGUCCACAGCUGAAAAUUGUCGCGUAGUAACUCUUAUAUUUCGUAUUGGAGUCGUAUUUUAAAGGUGAUAAUUAUAGAAAAAAUGAACGGUGAAAGUGGCGAAGAUAAUUGGUUAACCAGUUGGGAACAACAGUGUGCGGAUUCACUGGAAGAACAACCAAAUUUCGAACAAAAUCUAAUAUCCGAAACCAAUAAUUUUCAAACAAAAAUAUGGUCUUCCUUUCAAGAUUCCGCGGCAGCCGUGGCCCAACUUUAUCGAGAUAGGUAUUCGGGCGAACCAGCAGCUAUAUGGUUACAAUUUCAAACAGCAGCCGGCACUGUUACAUCCUUAUAUAGAGAUUCUAGCGAAAGUCUAAGAAGAACGGGAGAAUUAGCUAAACAGAGCGGUUACCAGAAGAGGAAUAUCGAAAUAUUCAAUUGGGCCAAAAGGAAAAAGCGUUUAAUACGUAGGGAAGAUCUGUUAGCAUAUUUAGCUGGAAAACAUCCUCCGCCACCUAGUCGCCAACAUCAUCACCAUUCUCAUCACAGGUUAUCGCCGAGGCCACGAAACUUAUCACCACCUCCGAACGUUGCAAAUCAAGAUAUUGUAGAUCCGAAUUUACGCACCUUUAGGGAAGCCUUAGUCACUUCCCCGUUGUGUGCCUUUAUUACUGGAGAAAUGGCGCGCCAUACCAAGAGACCGGCGAGUCCUUCGGAUGUCACCAUGGGUAGUCCCACUCAAAAACGAGCUCGAUUUAUGUGAAAGUUAACGUUGGAUUAUAUUGAUAUUGUAAGGGGGACGUGCUCGUUGUCUUGCUCUUAUGAGGUAUUUAACAUUUUCAAAAUUAAAUUUUAUUAUUUUUCUCUCAAGUCUUAAAGAUCAUCUUAAUUCUGAUAUUUACUUUCAAUAUUUUUUAAAUUAACAUGUUCCAUUUCACAACAUGGUAAAGUGUAGAGAUGCUCGACUUUGCAAUAUUGUGAUUUAAUCACUGUUAGUCAAGUUUGAUUUAAAAAUACUGUUAUUCAGUCACCAUUUCACGUCAUAGUCAUUUGGUAUUUGUUAGUGAUGGUGGGCGUUACAAUACUGUGAUUUAAUCACUCUUUAUGAUGGUCGACUUUAUAACACUGUGAUUUAAUCACUGUUAGUCUCGAUCGACAUCGGAAUACUGUUAUUCGGUCACUAUUUCACGAUAUUGUAAUUUCUUAGUGAUGGUGGGCGUUACAAUAUUGUGACGUAACACUGUGAUUUAAUCACUGCCAGCGACGGUCGAUUUUGCGAUUAAAGUUUUAGUCGAUUUCACGAUUUUAAAAUUGUUAGUGAUGGGUGACUUUGUAAUACUGUGAUUUAAUCACUGAUUUCGUCAUUUGGUCUUUAUUGGUGAUACUGGAGGUUACAAUACUGUGAUGUCGUCGUUGUAAUAUCAUGAUUAUCAAACAUCGAUCUUUUUUUAUAUUUAAUUCUCAAUCUGGCAUCACUGUGAUAUUCUGUUACUUGGUAUUAGCAGAACAUUACGUUACGUUCCUAAAAUAUCGACCCAUCUCUAAUUAUCAUAACCUCAAUACUUGUAUAUAAAAUCUGACAACUAGCACGUGUAAUUUGUACAUACUGUAAUUGUUUUUGAAUAAUUUAAAACAAAGAUUAAUAUUUGGUAUAAGAUUAUUAAAAAAAAAUUGUACAUAAUCUUUCGUUUAAUUUUACAUACACAUAAUGGUUGAGGUUGAACAAAGUUCGAGGGUAUGGAUGUUAUUUUGUUAUUACGCAUUAGCAUCCCUUCAUCAUCUCGCGACAUUGGGUAUUCUAAUUAUCAAAAUACUAGAAAUGAUUCAUUUGGAAUAAAAAAAAAAACUGAAAAAGCCUGAAAUUCUUGAAAAAAAGUGGCCAAAUAUGAAAAUCUGGAAACAUUUGAUGA